UAUAUGCAUUCCGCGUGUUGGAGAUUCGGACCAUAUGACAGCUGGGUCAAUAUAUAGAUAUUUACCUUUUGCAGAAGAUUAUUUGUAUGGUUUGCACAGAGAUGAUUAGUGUUCCUCAUCACCGAACUAAGAAAGUUGCAGGAGUGGAUAAAUACUAGUGAAUUAUCCAGUAAUAUGAGCAGAUCUGCAGAGGAAAGUAUCAAGUAAAAAAUGAAGGUUUUUGUGGCUCAUCUCGCUAUUUCCUUCAUAUCAGUCAUCAUAUUUGUUAUUUAUGCACUGGGUGGUCUACGGUAUGUCUCACACCUCGACGAAAAUACCUGUGACCUAACGUACAUGUUCGAGUACCCACAAUAUGUUAGAAUUGAAUUAGACGAUAAAGUUGAGAAACGUCACCCAAGAUAUGGCCUGUAUGCUUAUGGAGAAGGAUUUGUUACUGAUAAGUUGAGGAAAAAACAGUUUACUGGGAUUCCAGUGUUGUUUAUCCCUGGAAAUGCUGGAUCACAUGAACAAGUGAGAUCGUUGGCCUCAGUGAGCCUUCGAAUGGGCCUCAAACGACGAACAUCGUACCAUUUUGAUUAUUUUUCAGUAUCUUUGGCUGAAGGAUACUCGGCACUUUAUGGAGGGGUGCUUGCAGAUCAAACUGCAUUCGUUGCUGAGAGCAUUCAACGAAUUUUUAAACUCUAUAAGAAGAAGACUGAGAAGAUUGUACUCAUUGGGCAUUCAAUGGGUGGGAUCGUAGCAAAAGCCGCAUUGUUACAUGACAAUCCCCACAACAAAACAUUGGCUAGUCUUCUAAUUACAUUGGCAACACCUCACAUACCUCGCAUUGCGUUUGACAAAACGACGUGUGACUUUUAUUACGAAGUAAAUAACCGUGCAAUGGAUCUGAAGAUGCUGGGAACCUCUGUUAUAUCCAUCGGCGGUGGCUCCAGAGAUGUUAUGGUCACAACUGCUCAAAUGAUCGAUCCUCAUGCCGAUCUCAAUCUCAUCGGCAGCACAGUACCCGAUUGCUGGAAGUCACUGGAUCACUUAUCUAUUCUCUGGUGCAGACAAUUUGUCAUUCCACUCGUUAGGGCCCUUUUCGAUUCGGUUGAUGUUUCAGAGGGAAAUGCCAUCAUCUCUAAUGAUCGUGAUAAGCGAUUGCAGGCAUUUAAUUAUCACCUUAUCAAUAGAUACUCAAACAAAUAUUUUACACAUUACAACGAGAAAGUAACGUUCCAUUCUCCUGGAGAAUGGAUUGAAAUUACCGAAGAACAGUAUACGUUCAGAGACUCUAUUGACAAAAACAAAAAAAAAUCAGAUUCAUCCCAAAUUUACUUGAUGAUUCCGAUUCAUACAAAAUUCACUCAUCUCGGUAUCGAUGCGAUUGAUCUCGAAGUAAAGGACUGGCUCUUUUCAUGCUCUGCAACUUCUCAUAAUGAAUUGAAGUCCUGCCAAUGGGGAUGGAAUUUGACAAAUAGAACGAGAGUUAUUCCAGCAUUGAAAGGGGACCUCAAAAGAACUGUUGACUUAGAUCUUAAAGAUCUACGAUCAAAUGAAGAACUGACACAUAUUGUGGUGCGAAUACCGAAGAAAAUGUCGGAUCUGUCAACGAUUCACAUUGAUCUAUACUCUCUAGAUGAUUCCAGUAUAUCUAGAGGAGUUGUUGCACUUGAUUCAAGGUCGAGUUGGAUUUCGAAGGGAGUUUCUACGAUUUCAUCAGUUUACAAAUCAUCAAUUAUGAAAUUAGCUGGAAACAAUAUUCGGCAUUAUGUUUAUUUGAGAGGAAUUAAUGACGUAGUUUCCGUCAAAUUGAAGAAACUUGAUGCAAACAGACGUAAUGACGAUGACAAUGAUAUCAAGUACGCACAUGCUGUUAUUGAACUACUUGAGCCACAAAACAAUUCUAAUUCAACGGUUAUAAAUCAAGUCCGUGUGUUGUCCAUGAGCGAUAUGGGACGAAAAAAUAUCUUUCGCAUCCAAACCUCGGCCACUGCAGUGCUGAGACUGACUUUAGAACCUCAAUACUCCUACGAAUUCGAGAUUACUCAAGGGGGGAUGAUCGACCGCAUGGCAAUGUACGUGAGGGAUCGAUGGGAUCGAUUGCACCUCGUCUUGAUGAGUCUAUGUCUAUUAAUCAUCAGCACAAGAAUCGAUAAAGAAUCCCCUGGAACAAGAAUGAUGUACUUCAUAACGAACGUGGGGAUAAUUUUUCAGGAUUUAGUAGUGGAAUUUAGCGUAGCUGUAGGAUUUCUACUUGUCUCGGCGCUAUCCACGUGCUUCACAGUGAUUUUCUCAGGAUCAUUGGUCCACAAUUUUGCUGCGAAAUUUUUAGCAAGAGUCAUUGUACUCUUUCCUCUGUCCUGGUAUAAUUGGCUCCUCAGUGAGGGAACUUAUGAGCAUCUUCCCAUUCUGUCUAGUCUGCUGGUGAUGUCGUUGAUAUCGACAAGCUGUGGUGCAAUUGCAAUGUUGAUCUCAGUUAUUAUUUAUUUACUCAAGUUGACCCGUAUGUAUGAGGAGUAUUUGGAAGAAUUGUUAAUGUCUUCAUUUCAAAUCAUUACGAAGAAGUUCGACAAAUUCCUGAAAAGCCGAAAAUCCCAGAAGAGUAGUCAAGAAAAUAUUGAAGAUAUUAAUCCUAGAACAAAUAUUCUGAAUCACCUAAUAUUAUUCAUCAUGUGGACUCUUGCUGCCAUUCCCGCAGUUCCUUCAGUGCUUGUAUGGGCUAAAAAUUUCAGCUAUGAAUCGAGACUUUCCACUGAAGAUCCAAUCAUGCUAUGGAGCUGGGUGGUGAUCACGGGCUGGGGAUCCCUGGGCCUCGUUAGAAUUCCAAAGAGUCAUCCUAACAAAUACAUAAACUUAAUUGGAGUGAAUCUUCAAAGAAUUCUCGGCUGGUCGUCACUGCUAGCUGCUGGCUCUAAACAUCCAGCUUUUUAUCAAUGGACGAUUCCCCCCAUCGUUGCGAUAUCGAUAACCUGCAUCGUAAUAUUAUCGCUAUUAUCAUAUUUUGGGAAGAAAGAAGAUACUCAACAAGAACAAAUUAUAGAAAAUACUGAAAAAAUUUGUCCAGUCAAUGGCCAACCUAGUGUAUCCGAAGAUAACAAAAGUUCUCCGGAAAGGGAUGACAACGCAACAAAGGAAACUAAUAUUAAGGGUGAACUACGAUGAGACUACUCAGUUGCCUUUGCAAAGUCGCUAGCCUGAUUUAUGAACUCGUUUUACAGAUUGAGACAAUUUAAAUCUCAUUAAUGAGGUACCUUAAAGGCCGAUAUAUUAAUUAAAUCGUUGUAUUAAUGACAAUUCAACGACAAGGCCGCAAAGAAAUGGUUCCAAGGACUGUAGAUUUUCGAACAAAAUGUUAAUGACACAUGCGAAGAAUGUUGGGAACAAAUUUAAAAACGGAUUUGAAAUAAGAAUUGUUUGAGAACUAUGUGAUUUCUUGUUACCAGGGUACUUAAGGUCGAAACAUUCGAGUAUCAGUACGACGUUGAUGAAUAUUAUCAUAGAGGGAUCAAUCAUCAAUGUAGAUAUAAAUAAUAUGCUGGCAAGUGAUAAAAAACAAUGCGUUAUACAUGAGGUGUAGUUGAAUACGCAAUAGCCAGAUGAUGAGUCGUCGUAGAAAAAAAAGUAUUCUAACAUUUUUUCUCAAAAUCGUUCUUAAACCAAACCAUCUCAUAUUGAACAAAAUGUAAUAAAUUAAGUUAUAUCUGUUACCUUACUCAAGUUGUGUAAGAGAGCGUAGUUGUGUAUAUAUUUGUGGCUCGGAGAAAUAUCGGAAUUUAUACUUUUAUAGAAAAGUUAGAAGAUGUCGUAAUUUAUAGUUUUUAAAUAAUAGAGUAAUCAUCGUUGAGUUUGUUCUAACUCAUUUUAUUCUCUUUUCCUUUAUGGAAGAUUAACGAUCGAUAUGCCUACGAAUAUCGAAUGCCUACAGCAACAUUUUCUUUGAAUAAUGGAAUGUUUUAUUGCUUAUUUGUACUUGAUUACUCAUACAAUUCAAGAGCAGUCGGAUAAAUAUAGAAAUAUCAGCAGACA